CUACUUCCUGUUGGGGAUUUCCAAGAUUCACUUACGAAAUUCGAAAGUGAACAUUUGAUUUUAUGGUUAUGGAAUGAAUCGACAUGUUCUUUUCGGUGUUGAGAUAAAGCUAAAGAAUUCCCCAAUCACAGGUUGCUGCUGAAACUCAAUGUCACUUGCUACAAUGUUCCACCAGUCAUGUAAGAAUGACCGACCUCAUGACAGGCUGUACAGCAAGAUCCGGCCCAGCUUCGUUGAGAAUGUUCAUCCCCUCCAGCUCCGGUUUUACAUCGAGUGCUUGACUCGGGCAGAUGAGGAACGUAUACUAGAAACAUUUAACGACCAUGGAAGGACUGAGGCUGCAUCUCUGAUGCUCCGGUUACUUACACAGCGGCCUGGCUGGGAGGAACAACUCCUCAGAGCUCUGCGGGAACCUCAGAUCAAUCUCAAUUAUUUGGCUGAUGAGAUAGAGGGGAGAAGACGUGAGGUUCUGAUGGUGAUGGACAUUGAAGGCCAGGAAGAGCCCAUGGAAGUGGAUGAAGAACAAGAAAGCUCAGCUGAAAGAUUCCAGAUCUUCAGGGAUGUAAUCAGCAGAAUCUUCAAGGAGCUGGUCAACACCCCCGACCACUUAGAGCAAGCUCUACGAUUUGCUGGACAGAUGAACGACAUGAUAUUCCGAAGUGGAUGUUAUGGCUGUUUGGAGCUCAGCUUCCAAGUCAGGAGUGUCCGGUCUCUACAUAACCUGAGGACCUUGUACAAGGGGGGAGCACUCCGUGAUGCUCUGUCUCGGGGGAUCCUCACCAUGGCAACAAGACAGAGAAUCCAGAAGGAGGCUGCCAGCAGAGGGGUGAAGGUCAUGAAUCUCUCUCUGACACUUACGAUAUCGGAUGAAGAUUUCUCUGAAUGUGAAAGGUUUCUGGAGUACAGUGAUUUGCCAUCACCAAGCAGUUAUGUGGCAGCCCUGGCAACUCCUGUUGACGCGUUGGGUGAAGAGCAAUCAUCGAACGUACAGAUGCUGCUUGAUGAACUUCCUCCCUCGUACCAGAAACUCCUUGAGGAAGUGAUCAGUUUGACCUUUGACGAAUCAGAACUGCAACAACAAGUGAUGACAAUGUUGUCGAAGCCUUUAUGUGAUAUGAUCAAGGAGAGCAUGGAUCGUCUUCAUACAUUCUUUAGCAUUGGUGAAAGUGUAAGGAAUGAUUUGACUAAGAUUGGGUUGAAUCUUUUGAUAAGAUCCUUUAUCAUGGGGGAGAGAAAUGUCCAUAUCGCAACAGGAGACAAGAAUGUGCUGGUAUGGGGUGCUGAUGAGAAGGAGUUUGUCCUCAGUCGGAAUAUACGUGCAGAGCUUUUGGAUCCUAGCCUAUCCUCUCCAGUAGAUACUCUGAUGUCCCUAGGUUGGUUAGCCUUAAGUCCUGGUCAGAGUCACAUGUAUUAUAUCCCUGGGUCAGUUCGAAGGGCAUAUCUGCUUUGUCACCUCCUUCCUCUCAGGGUUGAUGAGCUGCCGCUGACCCUGUUCCUAGACCCGAUGGGUACACUUGAUUCUUCUGUUGAUUUCAGUCUGUUCAGUUUCUCUGGUAUCUUCCUGGCAUAUACAGCAUGCUACAGUGGUCAGUUGCCAUGGUUAUCACGUUUCCCCCCCUCAUUUCUGUACUUCCCUGAUGUGGCCUUGUUUAUGUCUUCAGUUCACGCCCAUGAAACAUCCACGGCAGUCAAAGACAAUCUGAAUGUGGUCUUAGAGAAUUUUGAGUUCAGAUCUUUCCUUACUCACCACAAGUCUUCUGAUGUGGACAGGCAUUGGAAAACAUGGAAAAGAGUUGGCGCCAACUUUGGCCUCGAAACAUUUGAGUUAAUCAAUAAGCUCAAUCUUGACAGUCAUGCUUUUGAAGAGGGUAUAACAGUUGUAAAGGAGACACUGCUUAUUGGAAAGGGUAACGUGAUACCACUUGCGUCCAAAGCCUCUGAUUACAACUUUCAGCUUGCCUUCAGAUGUAUUGCCCUCCUUGACCUCCUACAGUGCAUGGAGAGUGUGGAUACUUUGUCCUUUUGGAGAGCAGAUAGUGCCAAGGCUGCUGUGGAAGAACUGCAAGAGCCUGCAGAGAAAACUCAGCCAAUGUCAUCAAGUCAUGAACCGUUAAUUCACAAAUAUUCAGGCUCUUCAGAAAAUGAUACCACUCUCGAGUCAGCUGGUUGUCUGUCUUUAGAUGCUCGUCGAGCCAAAUGUUACACUUCCACGAGAGCAUCUGACUGGUCAUUUAAGCUGGAUAUGUCAAAAACAUCUCUGGACAAGGAGCAGGUAUCACUGCUGUGUAAAUUCCUGCCCCAGUAUGACCAUAUCACCAACUUCAUUUUUGACAACUCAGGUCUAGAAACAUGCGAGUUAAAGCAAAUAAUAUUGGCACUGGAUCCUGCCACUGUGAGGGGCCUAUCAUUAUUGAGAUGCUCAUUAAAUCUAGAUGAUGGUGAAAUAGGCUUGUCUCGAUUGCGGUAUAUGGAAUCACUGGAUUUAGAAGACACAGGCUUGACAGACAGUAUGAUGCCGGUUCUUGUCAAGGAAAUAGAAAACAUGGGCAAUUUGAAGGCCUUCAGUGUUGGUUGCAACCACAUUUCGUCUAGUGGAUUUGCAUUACUUUCCUCGGCACUCAUAUCCAAGGCACAUCUGAAAGCCUUGAGAAUUCACAACAUUCCUUUGGGUGAUACUGGAGGAGUCGUUCUCGGUCAGCUGGUGUUUGCCCUGAAGCACCUCGAGAUCCUUAGCAUCUGGGAGUGUAAUAUAGGGGAUGAAGGUGUCCGCAUACUGUCUGAGCAGCUCACCGUUCAUGGGAGUCUGAAGAGACUGUCAAUGCGGAACAACAACAUGACAUGCAGGUCCUCACCUGAACUGUGCAAGAGGCUAUCUGCCUGCAGGAACAUCCAAUUCUUUGACUGCAGCAGCACGAGUGGGGACACGGACAGGCUGAGUGAGAGUCUCCUGAUCCUAUUCAGAUCUUCAACAGCAUGGGACCAUGUCAGUUUAUGGGACUGUGACCUUGGUAAAAUGUCCAUCUUUGACAAUCCAUUGGAUUUCAAAAACCUGUCCAAUGUGACCUUUCUCUGUCUACAGAAGAAUGGCUUGGCAGAUGACAACAUAAAGCGCCUUUCGACAUGCCUAUUGUCUUUCAGGUUCCUGCAGCAUCUGAAUUUGAGGGAAAACAUGGUAGGUGAUGAGGGGGCUCAUGCAUUGGCCAGUGCCCUUUGCGACAAGGAGCAUCUGGAGGAGCUGCUCCUGGACUGGAACAUCUUCAGUCUGCCUGGAGGCAGGGAUUUGGUCCAGCUGGCUCUGGAGCUGGAUAAUCUCAAGUCAUGUGACCUGUCUUUCAGCUUUCAAUUGGCUCCCCCAGAAAAACAAAUUCUGGCACAUAUGGUAGGAACUCCAGUUCAAGAGGGUGAAGGAGAUUUGUUCAGGGUGGGGAGAGGCCAGCUUGUGUUGAGGAUAUAAUGCAGAGCAGAGUUGAAGCAAGAGGAGAUCUACAUGAUGCAGCUGCCUCAUUGCAGACUUUCCUCCAACGUGAAGCAGAUGUGCUGUGAUAUAACUGAAAUACUGUUUAAAGGAGCACUAAACCAAACUCACUCAGUAUUAGAAGCAGAGAGUGUGAAUGUUGUGAUCUUCCAGCUUUAUCAUUGUGUCCUGUACGUAUUCAAGUCCAGGUCACUGACUGCAAGCAUGACCAACAUCCCAAGUCAUCCAGAUAUGACAGUCAACCAAGUCACAGAGCUCAAGCAAUGAUUCCAAUGUCAGUCGGCUUUUACAACAAGCAUGAAUUACUGGAGAUACUAGUCUGUUUUAGGGAAGGGAUUGUUUCAUUCUUGUUUAUUUGGUAUAUCUAUACUGGGCUGUUAUUAGACACGGAAAGGCUCAUGUAUGUUUUUUUGGUAUAGCAAUAUUAGGCUGUUAUUAGACAGGGAAAGGUUCACUCUUGUUUAUGUGGUAUAGCAAUACUAGGCUGUUAUUAGACAGGGCAAGGUUCACUCUUGUUUAUGUGGUAUAGCAAUACUAGGCUGUUAUUAGACAGGGAAAUGUUCAUUCUUGUUUUUUUGGUAAAGCAAUAGUAGACGGUUCUUGUUCUUACCAUACCUGGUGCUUGGCAUUAAACAAAAGGACUGGUCAGCCCCCUUGGUGUUUAGGGGAUAAAACAAGGACUGGUCAGCCCCGAUGGUGUUUAAGAGCUAAAACAAGGACUUUUUGACCUGGAGUCAGCAUACUGUGUCUGAGUGGGUAUCCAUGUUACACUGCAGCAUAUCUCUGUGGGCUAGCACUGUAAAACCAGCAUAACUUAGGACCAGACAAACUGUGUCUGGUUUCCAAAGGUCACAAGUCUGUUUUGUCACAGAGAGAGAAGUUGGUCAAUUCAUUCCAGUUUUUGUGGAUAUACCUCUGUGGCAUCAACAUCGUGUCCACAACAGAAGUGUUCACUGUUAUACAAUUCUUUCCAUCUGAGGCUUAGAACUUAUUACUCAACCCUCACUGUCCAUCAUCCUGAUCCUCCAACCCAAAGUGUAUUGUGGAAUACAAUGCCCUGGUGUACCCCCUUGUCUCAGUACCUCAUCGCUCUCCUACCCAGAGUUCCAUGCGGCCGGCAGCCAGCUAGCAUAGUACCUCUGCCACAGGCCAGCGCCAUGUGACGAUUCGUCACAUCUUUCACAGUCCAUUCAAGAUAUUGCAUAUGCUUUUCAUCCGUUUCAUGUUUGACAAGUCUACACAUUUUCAUAAACAAAUGUCAAAGAAUGGUUAACUUUCAUUGAGAAAGUAUGCAAAUACGUAAAAAUCUACUUGUUUUUGCGUAGUUAUCCUAUGUUUACAUUGGUUGUAUUGCUCCACAUCCUGUCAUCAAAGCCCAACGGAGAGCUAGCGACACGGUCACUUUGAUGCAUAAAUAUAUAUUGUCAUGCAACUCACUGUCGCAGUUGUAGUAGCAUAUCUAUAUAUUUAUGAAAAAAAAAAGGAAAGUGCCCCCAAAUACUUGCAUUAGUCCGUUCUAUACUGAUUUCUGAAAAAGCGCGUUUGUUUAAAAACAAGAGAAAAGUCCGGUCACGUGAUAUGCAAAUUAGCCUGUGGCAGUGGUGUUAUGCUGAGUCACCACUGUGACGGAGUGUGUGCCCUGGUGUACCCCCUUGUCUCAGUACCUCAUAUAACAGGAUGACUGUACUCCGUACAGUGGUUUAGUUGUGCAUGUUUAUAUAAGGGUUGUGUGGAGUUGUCAUCUCCAGAUGUAGUAUUGUCCAGACAAAAGUCAGUAUGAUGCAGGUCGAGUGUCUGAAACUCAGCAGAGUAAACUGAGAGCCUUAAGGGCCAGCAAAUUUAAAAAACUGUAGGCCCAGUGGAAAAACUGUAGGCCUAGUGGGAAAACUGUAGGCCCAGUGGAAAAAACUGUAGGCCCGGUGGAAAAACUGUAGGCCCAGUGGAAAAACUGUAGGGCCUGUGGAAAAACUGUAGGGCCUGUGGAAAAGCUGUAGGCCCAGUGGAAAAGCUGUAGGCCCAGUGGGAAAACUGUAGGCCCAGUAGAAAAACUAUAGGUCCUGUGGAAAAGCUGUAGGCCCAGUGGUAAAACUGUAGGCCCAGUGGAAAAGCUGUAGGCCUAGUGGAAAAACUGUAGGCCCAGUGGAAAAACUGUAGAGAGAGUUAUUAAUAUACUGUGAAUAACGGUGAGCAGGGGAGAUUACCUCACACAGGAUUUCGCGUAAAAUGACAUGUUUGAAUGACUUUAUAGCCUAUAUUAAAAUGAUAGAAGUAAAUAUACAUAUGUAACAAUUCAUAUAAUUGUAUUCCAUGUUCAUUUAAUGUAAUAAUGUUCAUAUAAAUAUAAAAAUAGUACAGACGAAUGUAUCAGUAUUUAAUUCCAUUUGUUGACACUCGAUUUCCGGUAUACAUGUUGGAUGGAUUGUUACCCAUGGGGGAAAAAUACCUGAGAUCUUAUGGUGGCAUGUAUAAUGCGCAACCCCUUUGCACUGCUUCACUUCUGAAAAAAAAUUAAAAUGUGUGCUCAACACUCAA